AUGAAUGACCAUAGUGUUUAGAAAGAAGAUCUAAAAUGGAUUUUCGCUAAGGUUAAAGGUGUGGAUGAACAAAUAUACUGUUAGAUAAUUGAGAUGUUGAGAAAAGAGAAUGCUUAUGACUGGAUAGGAUAUCUGUAAGAUUUCGCAAAUCAAAAACACUUGGAUGAGUACAUUUAACAAAGAGAGAAUUUAAUACAAAAAGAAAACUAUUAGAAAUUGCGUGCUGUUAGAGAUAACAUCCAAUUUGUUAUUUAUCUCAUUCUUCAAAUUAAAGAUCAUGACUUUAAUAAAAAAAACUAUUCUGAUGAAAGAUAUUUGAAACAAAGUCAGGAUCUAAUUAAAAAAAUUAAAGAUUAGAAGGAGCUAAUUGGAUUCCUGAAAUUCUUAGUUCGCCUUACUGCCUAAGAUGACUAUUUAAUAUAGAGUGGAUCAAACUCAUUAUAUUUAUUAACUUAGAUAAAGGAGGAUCUUAGAUAUGAAAAUUUUGAAAACAUCAAAAUAUAAAAUAUUUCUUUAGUGGGAGCGAAUUUAGUAGGAUGCAACUUAAGUGGAUCUUAACUUUCUAAUGUGGAUAUAAGUGGAAUGAAUUUAAAUGGAGCUUUAUUGUUUAAUUGUAAAUGGAGAAAUAUAAAAAUACAUGAAUUAAAUAGAUUAGAAGGUCAUACUCGUUGGGUCUACUCAGUAUGCUUCUCUCCUGAUGGUACUACUAUAGCAUCUGGUAGUAAUGAUCAUUCUAUCCGUUUAUGGAGUGUUAAGACAGGAUAACAAAAGGCAAAAUUGGAUGGUCAUAGUAAGAGUGUUCACUCAGUAUGCUUCUCUCCUGAUGGUAUUACUUUAGCUUCUGGUAGUUGGGAUAACUCUAUCCGUUUAUGGGAUUUUAAUACAAGAAAAAAAAUAGCCAAAUUGAAUGGUCACAAUAGUAAUGUUCAAUCAUUAUGCUUUUCUCCUGACCGAAAUACAUUAGCAUCUGGUAGUAAGGAUAAAUCUAUACGUUUAUGGGAUAUUAAGACAGGAAAAUAAAAGGCAAAAUUGGAUGGUCAUAGUCAUGAUGUUCGAUCAGUUUGCUUCUCUCCUGAUGGCAUUAAUUUAGCUUCUGGUAGUGUAGAUAAAUCUAUCCGUUUAUGGGAUGUUAAGACAGGACAAUAAAAGGCAAAAUUGGAUGGUCAUAGUCAUGAUGUUCGAUCAAUUUGCUUCUCUCCUGAUGGCAUUAAUUUAGCUUCUGGUAGUGUAGAUAAGACCAUCCGUUUAUGGGAUGUUAAGUCUGGAUAAUAAAAGGCCUAAUUUGUUGGUCAUAGGAGUUGUGUUAAUUCAGUAUGCUUCUCUCUUGAUGGAAAUACUCUUGCAUCUGGUAGUUAUGAUAAGUCUAUUCGUUUAUGGGAUGCUAAGACUGGAUAAUUAAAGGCCUAAUUCAAUGGUCAUCUUAGGGAAGUUCAUUCAGUAUGCUUUUCUCCUGAUGAUACUAUUUUAGCUUCUGGUAGUUGGGAUAACUCUAUCGGUUUAUGGGAUGUUAAGACAGGAUAAGAAAAGCCCUAAUUAGAUGGUCAUAAUGGAUAGGUGUCAUCAUUAUGCUUCUCUCCUGAUGGCACUAGCAUAGCAUCUGGUAGUUAUGAUAAGUCUAUUCGUUUAUGGGAUGCUAAGACUGGAUAAUUAAAGGCCUAAUUCAAUGGUCAUCUUAGGGAAGUUCAUUCAGUAUGCUUUUCUCCUGAUGAUACUAUUUUAGCUUCUGGUAGUUGGGAUAACUCUAUCGGUUUAUGGGAUGUUAAGACAGGAUAAGAAAAGCCCUAAUUAGAUGGUCAUAAUGGAUAGGUGUCAUCAUUAUGCUUCUCUCCUGAUGGCACUAGCAUAGCAUCUGGUAGUUAUGAUAAGUCUAUUCGUUUAUGGGAUGCUAAGACUGGAUAAUUAAAGGCCUAAUUCAAUGGUCAUCUUAGGGAAGUUCAUUCAGUAUGCUUUUCUCCUGAUGAUACUAUUUUAGCUUCUGGUAGUUGGGAUAACUCUAUCGGUUUAUGGGAUGUUAAGACAGGAUAAGAAAAGCCCUAAUUAGAUGGUCAUAAUGGAUAGGUGUCAUCAUUAUGCUUCUCUCCUGAUGGCACUAGCAUAGCAUCUGGUAGUUAUGAUAAGUCUAUUCGUUUAUGGGAUGCUAAGACUGGAUAAUUAAAGGCCUAAUUCAAUGGUCAUCUUAGGGAAGUUCAUUCAGUAUGCUUUUCUCCUGAUGAUACUAUUUUAGCUUCUGGUAGUUGGGAUAACUCUAUCGGUUUAUGGGAUGUUAAGACAGGAUAAGAAAAGCCCUAAUUAGAUGGUCAUAAUGGAUAGGUGUCAUCAUUAUGCUUCUCUCCUGAUGGCACUAGCAUAGCAUCUGGUAGUUAUGAUAAGUCUAUUCGUUUAUGGGAUGCUAAGACUGGAUAAUUAAAGGCCUAAUUCAAUGGUCAUCUUAGGGAAGUUCAUUCAGUAUGCUUUUCUCCUGAUGAUACUAUUUUAGCUUCUGGUAGUUGGGAUAACUCUAUCGGUUUAUGGGAUGUUAAGACAGGAUAAGAAAAGCCCUAAUUAGAUGGUCAUAAUGGAUAGGUGUCAUCAUUAUGCUUCUCUCCUGAUGGCACUAGCAUAGCAUCUGGUAGUUAUGAUAAGUCUAUUCGUUUAUGGGAUGCUAAGACUGGAUAAUUAAAGGCCUAAUUCAAUGGUCAUCUUAGGGAAGUUCAUUCAGUAUGCUUUUCUCCUGAUGAUACUAUUUUAGCUUCUGGUAGUUGGGAUAACUCUAUCGGUUUAUGGGAUGUUAAGACAGGAUAAGAAAAGCCCUAAUUAGAUGGUCAUAAUGGAUAGGUGUCAUCAUUAUGCUUCUCUCCUGAUGGCACUAGCAUAGCAUCUGGUAGUUAUGAUAAGUCUAUUCGUUUAUGGGAUGCUAAGACUGGAUAAUUAAAGGCCUAAUUCAAUGGUCAUCUUAGGGAAGUUCAUUCAGUAUGCUUUUCUCCUAAUGGUACUAUUUUAGCUUCUGGUAGUUGGGAUAACUCUAUCCGUUUAUGGGAUGUUAAGACAGGAUAAUUAAAGGCCUAAUUGAAUGGUCAUCUUAGGGAAGUUCAUUCAGUAUGCUUUUCUCCUAAUGGUACUACUUUAGCUUCUGGUAGUUGGGAUAACUCUAUUCGUUUAUGGGAUGUUAAGACAGGAUAAUUAAAGGCCUAAUUGAAUGGUCAUCGUAGAGAAGUACACUCAGUAUGCUUCUCUCCUGAUGGGAAUACGUUAGCAUCUAGUAGUAGAGAUAACUCUAUUCGUUUAUGGGAUUUUAAAACAAGAAAGAAAAAGACAAAAUUUGAUGGUUAUAGUAAGUAAAUCUCAUGUGUAUGCUUCUCUCCUGAUGGUACUACUUUAGCUUCUGGUAGUGAUGAUUAUUCUAUCCUUUUAUAGAAUGUUAAGACAGGAUAAUAAAAGGUCAAAUUGGAUAGUCAUAGUAGGAGUGUCCACUCAGUAUGCUUCUCUCCUGAUGGUUUAAUAUUAGCAUCUGGUGGUGAAAAUUUGUCUAUCCGUUUAUGGGAUGUAAAAACAGGAUAAGAAAAGGCGCAAUUGAAUGGUCAUAGUCGUCAUGUCAUGUCAGUAUGUUUCUCUCCUGAUGGUACUGCAUUAGCAUCUGGUAGCGAUGAUAACUCUAUCCGUGUAUGGGAAGUUAAGAUUGAAUAAUAAAUAGCCUAAUUGGAUGGUCAUAGAAGUAGUUUCCACUCAGUCUAUUUCUCUCAUGAUUAUUCUACAUUAGCAUCUUGUAGUAAUCAAAAGUCUAUUCGUUUAUGGAAUGUUUAGACUGGGAAGGAAAAUAAACCUACAGAUAACAGUUAUAAAAAUAUAUUAGCUUAAUUCAAAACUUCAUUAUUUUAAAGUAAAUCCCUUCUAGGUAGAAAUUUUAUAUUUUUUAGCAACCACCAAUCUGAAUAUUCUACUAAUAUCACAACAAGCAAUUUUUUAAGCGUCAGGUGCUUUAAUUUUAAAAGGUUAAUUUGUAAAUUAAUAAGGGAUUGA